AUGCGACCAGUAGGGUUGCCAGGUCCCCGCCAUUUUCUUCGCCCGCGUCCCCGAAUUCUUUCUAGGCCACCACCCCCCUCCACAAUUGCCCGCGCUCAAACCCCAACAUCGCUGUACCAAAACCUGAUUCGUCUGCUAGCUGUCCCUCAGACAGGUUCACUUCCGAUCCUACUAGACUACCAUGAGCUCCAUAAAGGAGGACUCCGCUCUACACAAUCAUACAACCUGCUUAUUUCACUUGCAAUCCGAAACGUAGCAUAUGGGAGCGCACAACUCCUCUUCGACUCCAUGUCGGCCGACCAGAUUCCCCACGACUCUGAGACACAAAAGCUUCAAACGCGAUUUCUGCUGCGAAUUAAUUCAUGGGAAGCUGUUUGGGACCGAGUCAAAGCGGCACAUAACCCGAUUCCCUUGGAUUUGUGGCUGGAGUUUUUGAAGGACAUGAAACGGCCCGGUACAAGCGCAACAUCUUCCGCCCAAGAAACCCGUUUUCGGAUGCUAAUGCUUCAUCUGCCAACCUUCUCCUCCGAUAUUCGAGACUCUGCACACCCUGCCCUGGUUAUCGUCCGUUCAAUGUUGCUAAUGGACAAACAUGACGCCGCAAUGACACUGGCAACACGAUACCUCCGCUCAUUACCGCACCACAUCGACGAGAAAUGGGUUGGACAUUGCAUGCUCAUCAUCAACGCCCUCAUCGCGCAUGAAGCGAGGAAGCGCGGCUUGCGUGAUUUCUAUCCAGCUCGCAGGAAACUCAACGAGAUGUUAGCGAUCCAUCCCAACUUGUACCCGUCACCCAAGACUCUUAUGGUCCUGCUCAGCACUGUUCGGCAGACACAGAAAUGUGGGACCAUAGCUUGGCACACUCUCAUCAAGUUCAAAACUCGAUGGGGCCCUAAUGUCGAAGAUGAAAACGUUCGACAUCGGGUGGCGGAGUAUGCUCUUAUUGAAGGGAGGCUGGAUAUCUAUAGGCGACUUCGUGCAGCAGAAGAAGCGUCGUUGCCCCCGGACCCUACAGUCAACCAGGGCGAAUUUCUGAUGCGGAGGACUUAUCGAGAGUAUUUCCCUCAGGAUGGACGGCACAGAGAGCGAUGGAAGAGAUUGGAGGCUAAAGCGAUGACAGUUAGCUUACGGUUGCAGAAGAAGAAAAAGUACGUAAAUACGACCACAAAUUGA